AUGACAGUGUACAGCAUGCAGUACCUUCCUGUGCAAAAUAUUUCAUUCACAAUUUUCAAACUGAAUGGUUUCCAUGAUUUGGAAGAAUGGCACCCCAUUCUGUCCAUUCCCUAUCUUCUUAUGUUUUUAUUGUCUACCAUCUCAAAUUCCAUUCUUAUGUAUGUAAUUAUAUCCCAGAGAUCUUUGCAUUCUCCAAUGUUUCUAUUAAUUGGUUUAAUGGCUGUUGUGGACCUGUGCUUACCAGUAUUUUUUGUCCCAAAUAUGCUGCUAAGCUUUUUAUUUAACUGGAAUGGGAUUUCACUUGUGGGUUGUUUAGUACAAAUGUUUUGUAUUCAUUAUGUUGGUGCAUUUCAGUCUACUUUAUUGCUGUGGAUGGCUGUGGAUCGGUUCUUUGCUAUAUGCAGGCCACUUUAUUAUCACAAGUAUAUGCAAAUGCUCAACUUUCUAAAGUUUAUUAUUGUGCCAGUAAUCAGGAAUGUAAUCUUAGUUGCUACAAUGGUCUCUUUGGCAGGAAAACUGCAAUUUUGUAUGAAAAAUGAGAUAGAUCACUGUUUUUGUGAACACAUGGCAUUGGUUCAGUUGGCAUGUGGAGAUAUUUCUAUUAACAACUUGAUAGGACUCUUAACUGCGCUUCUAGUACCAGCUACAGAUUUUGUUUUUAUUACAGUAUCUUACAUAAUAAUAUUUGCUUCUGUCAUACAGUCGGGGAAAUCACACUCGAAGGCUAUCAACACAUGUGUUACACACAUAAUCAUUAUUACAGGUAGUUUAGUAUUCGCCUUGGUUGCUUUUUUGUCAUACAGAAUAAAAAAUAAUUUUUCUUCCAACAGUCGUAUUUUUAUAAGCACUAUGUAUAUUCUAUUCCCAAGCUGUUUCAACCCAAUUAUCUAUGGAAUAAGAACAAAAGAAAUAAGGCAACAGUUUCUUAAGUUCUUUACCUGUGCAAAAGUUUCACCACAGUAG